UGCACGUAUUUCUUGAUAUAUUUGCCUUUUCGAUUUGCGCGCAAUUUUCCAAAGGGGCGUAAAAGUGAAAUCAAUCAUUUUAAAAGGGAAAAUCUCUUCGGGGGGUCGAACUUGCUAAUCUGUCAAUGGCGUCAUGACACUUAGGAAGUGAGAUUCUAGUGUUUUUCAAAGCUUCAGUGUCGAUUUUAGAACGGCUUGAUUUUCGAAGCAGAGAAGCGCAUAAGAGAAACAUCUGCAGCAUUGUAAAGAGGAAAGAGGCGAAAGAGCAAACAAAGUGGAUCAGAAAGUACACAGUUUAACACGAAAAGGAAAUCCCCGAUGAGUACAUAAUAUAAAAGGUGAUGAAAAUGGAAGAAAGGAGGAGCAUAUUGUUCCAAGCCCAGACAAUUCUUCUUAUUUUAAGAGUACAAACUUCAGCUGAAGCUAAAAUGGCUAAAAUACUGUUUCUAAAGAGCUCAGCAUCAUGGCCCCGACAAUUAGUGUGUCAAAUGAGCGGAAGCCAAAGUGCAGGCGAUCCCAGAGGAGAAAUCAGCAGCCGAGUUCAUCGUCGGUGUCUGUUAUCAGCUACGGGCGAACCGUCUCAAGACGCUCGUGUUGGUACCAGCGUCCUUCGCGCCUCCCAGCGAUGGGAAAGGCGUGCGACCGUGACAACCGGCGAGAGUCAGUCGAUGGAGAGGCGUCGGAUGGCAGCCUGAAGAUUGCCGUUGAGCCACAUCGCCGCCACUCGACAACUUCCAUGAGUGACAGCGAUUCCAGCAGCGGCUGCUCUUCAGCCUGCUACUCCACAGACGUUUCCAACUCGCAGUUCUGCCGCUGUGACUCGCUGAAUAUGUCAGACUUUGAUGAUGACGGCUUCAAGGAGGACAAGUCAGAGCUCGGCUAUCCGACGAGGGUGAUUUUGCCGGCAGCGAACAAGGAUUGGCACGGCACGGGAAGCAACACGAAGGGUCUGCUGGAUAUUGCUAUCAAGACGAUAAAGUUGAUUCAGCGGAAUCAGCUGCUGCAGAUGAAGUUGGCGCAGUUGCAGGCGGAGACCCAUGCAUUUAUAACUUCCGUUAUGGCUAAUCCGGAGAACAGGGAGGCCGACCUGAGCCACUCAGACAGGGAAUCAUCGAUGUCAUCGCCAGGAAUGGAUGAGACAUAAGUGCAAAAAAUAUGUCUCAUUUUCAGCGUGAAUGGACUGUGUGUGCUUCUGUUUAUCGAGUGAAUGUUAGAGAAACUUUGUUAGAAUGUAAGUCACUGUUCACUUCACAGUACGCCCUGCCCUGAGGAAAAUUAUGUAGAGAGAGAGUGUUGGAAGUCGCAUUAACUUGAAGAUGAUAAUGACAAUCACUUUGGCUACAGCUGCAAGAAUUACUGGAUAGAGCAAAGCAUCUCUUCAUGAAAAUACCUCCACGUUAAGAUGUGCAAGUAAACAUAUCAGACAAUGUUCAAAUAGUGGCAAUAAAAUUUAUUGGAACUGC